AAACCAAAGGCUCUUGUGAUGAUGGACUCAUAGCAGAUGUAAUACACACAACAUGUAGAGUAUAUAUAUUACUAUAAUACUAAAAUAUAUUCACACACCCCACUCUCUGCUGCCGCUCCGCCGAAACCAGUGGCGGCGGCACCUUUUUCUCGUUUCUUUUACCUCACCAAACCCCCCUUUUCUAAAGUCUCAAUUUCUCUACUAAUUUCUCUUCUAAAAGACCAAUCUUUUUCAUCAUUUCUCUCAUUCUCCACCCACCCAGUUGUCAGAAUUUGAUCUUUUUGACACCCAUUUGCUCAAAAUCCAAUCUUUACUUGGCAAAACUCAAUUGCCAGAAUUCUUGAUUCAUGGGUCAGAAAGAUAUGCAAGUUUCAAAGGAUGGGGUGUUCUUUAGUUUUUCUCAUUUGGGUUUUCAAUUGAGCCCUCAAGAUUCUACUGACUAUUACCCUGGUGGUUUGUUUGCUAGUAUUGGGCAGUCUAAUGGUCUGGGGUUUGCUGCCAUUUCGCCUAAUUCUGGUGAAAAUGAUUUAUUUGUCAAGUAUGUAACAUCUUCACCGGAGGAAACUAGAGAUGGGAUUGUGAUGAACAAGAAGAAGAAGGGUGGGAUUAAGUUUAGGGUGAAAAUAGCUAAUACUUCAUUGAGGAGGUUGGUUAGUGGUGCCAUUGCCGGAGCGAUUUCGAGGACAGCAGUAGCUCCAUUGGAGACAAUUAGGACUCAUUUGAUGGUUGGUAGUAGUGGACAUUCUAGUACUGAAGUGUUUAAUAAUAUUAUGCAAACUGAUGGUUGGAAAGGGUUGUUUAGAGGCAAUCUUGUUAAUGUCAUUCGAGUGGCUCCAAGCAAAGCUAUAGAGCUAUUUGCUUUCGACACAGUCAACAAGAGCCUAUCUCACAACCCUGGUGAACAGCCUAAGAUCCCUAUCCCAGCAUCACUGGUAGCAGGAGCCUGUGCUGGAGUUAGCUCUACCUUAGUCACAUAUCCACUGGAAUUAGUCAAGACCCGAUUAACCAUUCAGAGGGAUGUCUAUGAUGGUUUAUUUGAUGCUUUUGUGAAAAUACUGCAAGAAGGGGGACCUGCAGAGCUUUACCGAGGUCUUACCCCAAGUCUUAUCGGAGUUAUCCCAUAUGCUGCUACCAAUUAUUUUGCUUAUGACUCCUUGAGGAAAGCCUACCGGAAAAUCUUCAAGAAGGAGAAGAUUGGCAACAUAGAAACCCUUUUCAUAGGAUCAGCAGCCGGUGCUAUAUCAAGCAGUGCUACAUUUCCUCUCGAGGUAGCACGAAAACACAUGCAAGUUGGGGCAGUAAGUGGAAGACAAGUUUACAAGAAUGUUCUACAUGCACUUGCUAGUAUUCUUGAACGUGAAGGAGUUCAGGGUUUGUACAAGGGACUUGGUCCCAGCUGCGUGAAGCUAAUACCUGCUGCUGGGAUUUCUUUCAUGUGCUAUGAAGCAUGCAAGAAAAUAUUGGUAGAAGUUGAGGCUGACGACAAUGACGAAUAGGAAAGUUGAAUAACUGAAUUAGCAUCCAAUUCAAGUUUGUGCAGCCCUUUUCGCUUUAGAUGGAAGGUCGGAUUUAUAGCUUUACUGGAUUUUGAGUUGUUUCUGUUCACCUUUUUUCUUUUAUAUACACACAAGUUUUGCCCAUCUCUCUCUCUGGGAUCUUGAGUUCAAGAAUUCAAGAAUUCCAAUUAAUAGAGGCUGAACUGUUUUAAGAGCCACUUUACGUGGCCUGUCUUUUUCAUAAAUAAAACUGGUUAGACAAUUACUUCUUUCUCA